AGUAGGAUAUCUUUCCAGCAGUAAACUCGAAAAGCCACCUUCCUUCUCUUAGUGAGAAAAUGACGUUCUUCCACUCUCUGUUCCCCCAAGGAAUAAACAUGAACGUGCAUAUCAACAAGCAAAGCCCGAGGCAGAUUAACUACAAGAACUUGCCCAGCCUAGCUGACAGAAGUCACGCGUCUAGGUCCCUUACAUGGUUUUUUCUUUCUUAGAUCCCACGUACGAUUUGAUGAAGACAGAGAAUCACACUUGGGUGAGUGAGUUUACUUUCCAGGGCUUCUCCAGCUUCCACGAGCACCAGCUCAGCCUGUUUGUCGUGUUCCUUGCGCUGUAUGUCGUAACCCUGGCCGGCCACGUCGUCAUCGUCAUCGUGACCAUCAUUAGUGUGGAUCGUCACCUCCACACGCCCACGUACUUCUUCCUGAGCAUGCUGUCCGCUUCAGAGACCGUAUAUACACUCGUCAUUAUACCCAAAAUGCUUUGUAACCUUGUAGGCCUGAGUCAGCCCAUCUCCUGGGCUGGCUGUGCCACCCAGAUGUUCUUCUUCAUCACCUUGGCCAUCAACAACUGCUUCCUGCUCACGGCGAUGGGGUACGACCGCUACGUGGCCAUCUGCAACCCCUUGAGGUACACGGUCAUCAUGAACAAGAGGGUGUGUGUGCAGUUGGUGGGGGGCGCCUGCGGCAUCGGGCUGAUCGUGGCGACGACGCAAGUGACAUCUGUGUUCAGGUUACCCAGAUUGUCCUCGAUGCCAAGACUCAACUUGACCGCCGUGACAGAGUUCACCUUUGAAGGUUUUUCCGUUUUUGGGUGGCAGCACAGACUCAUUCUCUUUGUGGUCUUUCUGGUCUUGUACCUGUUGACCCUCACCAGCAAUGCCAUCAUCUUGACCGUUAUCCGCCUCAACCGUCAACUUCACACACCCAUGUACUUCUUCCUGAGCGUACUGUCCGUCUCCGAGACCUGUUAUACGGUGGCCAUCAUCCCCCGCAUGCUGUCCAGUCUCCUCAGCCCCCAACGAGCCAUCUCCAUCCCACACUGUGCCACUCAGCUCUUCUUCUAUCUCGCCUUCGGCAUCAACAACUGCUUCCUGCUCACGGCCAUGGGGUAUGACCGCUACGCGGCCAUCUGCAACCCCCUGCGGUAUUCCGUCGUCAUGGGCAAAAGGACUUGUCUACAAUUGGCGAGUGGCUCCUGGAGCAUUGGCCUGAGCACGGCCAUCAUUCAGGUGUCGUCUGUGUUCAGCCUGCCCUUCUGUGAUGCCAACGUCAUCUCCCACUUCUUCUGUGACGUCCGGCCCCUGAUGCAGCUGGCCUGUGCUGACACCACCAUCAAAGAACUUGUCACCUUGCUCAUCAGUCUGUGUGUCCUUGUUCUGCCCAUGGUGCUGAUCUUCAUCUCCUACGUCCCGAUUGUCUCCACCAUCCUCAAGAUCCCCUCUGCCCAGGGCCGGAAGAAGGCCUUUGCCACCUGCGCCUCCCACCUCACGGUGGUCGUCGUCCACUACGGCUGCGUCUCCGUCAUCUACCUAAAACCCAAGUCUCACAACUCCCUGAAGGACAGGCUCAUCUCCGUGACCUACACGGUCAUCACACCCCUCCUCAACCCUGUUGUGUACAGCCUGAGGAACAAAGAAGUCAAGGAUGCUUUGCUCAGAGCUUUGGGCAAAAAUCCUCUCUCUUAG